UUAUCAAGAUGGUCAAGGCGAAAAAAUACAUUUUACACAAGCGUUUUGUUGGAGAGCCAAAACCGUCAGAUUUAAAACUUGUUGAGGAGGAGUUGCCACCACUAAAAGAUGGCGAGUUUUUAGCCGAAGCAGUUUAUCUCAGUGUAGAUCCUUACAUGCGACCUUACGCUGAUGUAUUACCUUUAGGCAGUACCUUCAUCGGUAUACAAGUGGCUUUGAUAACUGAAAGUAAAAAUCCCAAAUACCCAGUUGGAAAAUAUGUUGUCGAUGCUUUUGGGUGGCGAACGCACACGAUUUCCAACGGAGUAAGCACUCCGGGCGACAUUCCCGUUAUAGUUUUACCAGAUCUUGGAGACUUACCUGUCUCUCUCGGCCUUGGAAUAUUAGGAAUGCCGGGAAAUACGGGAUAUUUUGGCUUUCUGGAAAUCUGCAAACCCAAAGCCGGAGAAACGGUCGUCGUUACCGGGGCUGGCGGAGCCGUUGGCAGUCUCGUCGGUCAAAUCGCUAAACUUAAGGGAUGCAAGGUGAUUGGUAUAGCCGGGUCAGAUGAAAAAAAUAAAUGGCUAAAGGAAGAACUAAACUUUGACCACGUAAUUAAUUACAAAACCCAGGAUGUGGAAGCGGAACUGAAGAAAGCGGCCUCCGAAGGUGUGGACUGCUACUUUGACAACGUUGGGGGUGAAAUAAGCACAAUCAUAUUAAACCAAAUGAACUUUUUCGGAAGAGUUGCAGUGUGUGGUGCAAUAUCUGGAUAUAACAACAGGAAUAUUAAAGCCGGAGUGGUUCAGUUUCCGCUGGUAUUUAGACAAUUAAAAAUGGAAGGUUUCGUGGUACGCCGAUGGGCGGACAGAUGGAUGGAAGGAAUUCUUCAGAAUUUGGAGUGGAUUAAACAGGGAAAGUUAAAAUACAGAGAAACUGUUACUGUAGGUUUCGAUAAAAUGUUUAACGCCUUUGUGGAUAUGUUAAGGGGAGUCAACCAAGGCAAAGCCGUAGUCAAAGUGUAAAAUGAAAGCGAUACCAUAUAAUAUAUAAUUUCUUUUUA